GCGCGGAGCUGAGCCAGCGGUUGCUGGUGUUGAUAAAGCUAAAAGCUAUGUUGUGAUAAUUUGAUGUUAUCGUGGGAGUCGUGCUGACUGGGUUAGAUUUUGGCGACUUGUGGCACUUUUCCAACACCUGCUACUAGAUCAUUUAGCGGGGACGCGGAAAGAUGCCCACUCUUUUGACACCCGCGCGUUGACCGGUCGAGUCACAAAAACAAAGAAUCCGGGAUGAUUGCUGCCAAUUUUUCUGUACGCAGAAUUAUUGACUGCCCGCGCACAUGCUGAGACUUAAAAUUCUUGUUCUCGUUUUCCAUCAAGAGCAAAAUUUUUCUGUCUCCAUCUGGAAUCUGGACUACAUAUAUUAAUUUUGCCUUAAUCGAACAACAGCCGCUUGCACUUAAGAUUGAAAGGACCUCUUGAAUGCACUAUUAAACAGAUGACUGGAUGAAUAUAACACAUAAAUUAAUUAAAAAACGUGCAGGAUCAAUGUGAUUGGACAAUAAUUUGCAACAUACACCUUCUACAUAAAACGGAUUGUCGAGUGGAACUAAUUAAAUCUCUAUUUAAUUUAAACAACCAGAUUUAAAGCAAUAAAAAAAUGGUUGAACUGGACGCAGUGCUCUCUGAGCUUGGAGACUUUGGCCGUUACCAGGCCUUCACGUACUUGCUCAUCUGCCUCCCCGUCUUCUUUUCUGCGGCAAACAGCUUGACCUACGUGUUCACAGCGGGAGUGCCUCCGUACAGGUGUUUUGUACCUGAUUGUGAUGCUGGAGAAAAUUCUGAAUUCUCGCAACCCUGGUUGUCCAUGGCGAUUCCGCCGCUAACGUCGGAAGGACCCUAUCAGCCUGCGCAAUGCUCCCGAUUUGUCCGAAACGGGUCGGGGUGCGUUUCUGGUGCCUUCGACACAAAUCAAGUGGAAAAUUGUGACAAAUGGGUCUUUUACCCUGGAGAAAAGACUAUUGUUAACGAGUGGGGAAUAACAUGCUUAGACAAUCAAUGGAAGCUCUCUCUUGUUGGCACGCUGCAUUUUGCAGGUAUUCUCAUUGGAAGUCUCCUGUGCGGAUACCUGGCAGAUAGAUUUGGUCGCAAACUAGUUUUAGUCGGAUCAUUGGUGCUGAUGUCUGUAACAGGUGUGUUACAAGCCGUGGCGCCGUCGUACCUUGUAUUUCAGUUUUUCGUGCUGCUCAAUGCAGUCGGAACUUCUGGUGUUUAUCCCCUGGCAUUCAUUCUCGGGGUGGAACUUGUUGGGCCAAGCAAGAGGGAAAUGUCCUCGAUGGUCAUCAACUAUUUCUACGCAGUUGGCGAAGCAAGCGUAGGCCUCUUCGCUUGGCUCUUUGACGACUGGCAAAGUUUGCAACUGAUCGUUUCCGUUCCACCUAUAUUCUUUAUCGCAUAUUACUGGGCUGUUCCUGAAUCUGUGCGGUGGUUGCUGACGCAGAAGAAAAAUGUGAAAGCAAAGAAAAUAGUGCAGAAAGUUGCGCGGGCAAAUGGAGUACAUCUCUCGCAAGAAAUUUUGAGCACUUUUGAUGAAGGAUCUGAUUCAGACUCUGAAGAGCAGAAGAUUCACACCCAAGGUAUUCUGCAGUCGGCCAGAGCAUUGCUGCGCUCAAAGCGCCUUGUUCUCCGCUCACUUUACCUUUUCUUCAUUUGGGCAGCAAAUGCAUUUGUGUUUUACGGUCUCUCUGUGAACUCGACAAGUCUUGGCGGAGACAAGUACCUAAAUUUCUCCAUGGUCUGUUUGGCUGAAAUCCCUGGGUAUUCUUUGGCAUGGCUGUGCCUACAUAAGGGUCGUCGACCGUCACUCUGUGGAUCGAUGCUUCUGUGUGCAGUGACCUGCUUGGCGGCAGCUUUCAUUCCUCAAGACAGCCACACAGGCAUUCUCAUUCUUUUUCUCAUUGGAAAGGUUGGAAUUACGGCCAGUUUCGGAAUUAUUUACGUUUACACGGCUGAGUUGUACCCAACAACAAUGAGGUCAGCAUCAGUAGGGGCUUGUUCGAUGAUGGCCCGAUUUGGAGCUAUGGUCGCACCUUUUGCACCAUUGCUGUCUAUUUACUCGGCGCCCCUGCCUUUGCUGUUAUUUGGAUCUGUGUCUUUUGUGGCAUCUUUGCUCAGCUUGCUGCUGCCAGAAACGGUGGGAACAGUUCUACCCGAUAGUGUGAACCAGGCCGAAGCGCUUUGUGACAAGGAUCAAGCAUAGAACAGUAUUUUUAAAGAUAGAAUUGAAUUUUAUACUAUAUAUUUUUCAUCGGCACACUGCCCGUCUUUGUAUUUUAAAUUUAUUAUUUUUGUUCACGAUAUGUAGUGAUUUAUAUUUAUUUUUAAUUCCCAUUUUAUGUCAAAUAAAACAUACUUCUGGAUGA